AAAUGGUUAUCAGAAUGCCUAUCUAUAAAUGACUAUUUCGAGCCUUCAUUCAUUGCUUUGGUUCUCCAAAAGCUGAAAAAUGAUAAAGGUGAAAAAUGCCUUUCUGAAAUUGAAAUUCGUGUAGUUAUCAAUGUUUUGAAUUGCCUUAAGUAUAGCAUGUUGCAUGGCAAAGCAACUGAAGUCCGCACAGUUCCUGAAGAAUGGAACGAGACAAUUUAUGGGCCAGAUGAGAACGGUAUAUUGAAGGAGUGUAUAUCUAUGUGCUUCAAUGAUUAUGAUGGCAUUGAAAAAAGUGAAUCAAUGAUUUAUUCCCAUAUUAGUUUUCCGGCAGACCUUGCAAAGUUUUUUGGAGUUAAGCCAAAGAUUAUCCAUAGCUUUGAAGAAUGUUCAGACGACAUUGAAGAUUUUUAUCAAGACGAACCUCUUGUUGUUCGUCUCAAUAGGCUUGUUGAUGGAUAUCCAUGCGAUUCUGGAAUAUUCAAAGAAUUGAUACAAAAUGCAGAUGAUGCAAAUGCAACAGAAAUACACUUUAUAAAAGAUUAUACAAUGCAUUCCCAGGUUAACAUCAUCGAUUGUAACUACGGACCUCUACAAGGACCUGCACUUCUUGUCUUUAACGACAGUUCAUUCACAAAUAAAGACUUAAAAGGUAUUCAAAGUCUUGGUCGAGGGAGCAAAUCCGACGACCCUUCGCAAACCGGUCGCUACGGAGUAGGCUUUAAUGCUGUUUACAACUUGACUGAUUCUCCAUCCUUUUAUACUAAAGGUGGAGAUAUUGAAAAUGGAGAAACACUUUGCCUUUUCGACCCUUUAGCAAAAUAUUUACCAAAUGUAACAAGAAAAAGACCUGGAAAACGCAUUAAAAAUGUAGAAUGGUUGAGAGAAAUAUACGGAGAUAUGAUGAGUGGUUAUCACGAGAAAGAGUUGAUGACUAAAUCAUCAGGAACAAUCUUUAGAUUUCCAUUAAGGACUCAGAAAAUGGCAGAGACGUCGGAAAUAAAAAAAGAAGCUGUUGAUAUGGAAACAAUAUCGAUACUGCUCAAUGCAUUUUCUGAAGAUAUUAAAAAUAUUUUGUUAUUCCUUAAACAUUUAAGGAAGGUGAAAAUUUCGUCAUGUAUUAAUUACCAUUUGAAGGAAGAGUUCUAUAUUGAGGUUCAAAUGAAACCAGAAGAUGUUGAUAAAAGAAGUAAUUUUGUACAACAACAAAUGCAACUUUGUAAGAGUAUGAAAAGUAAUAAAGAGCAUUUAUUUCAGUUUGAUCAAAUUCAAGUGGCGUACGAAAUGGCAAUGCACGAACAGUUUAAAAGUCAACAGACUACUGUGUCAAACUACAUUGUUAUUCAAGUAUUAGGCUUUCAAAAAGAUUCCGAAGUCAAUCAAAUCAUUAAAGAAAGUAUUGCAAAUGGUAAACUUGGGUUAUUACCUCAUGGAGGUCUAGCUUUAAGAUACAGAAAAGGACAAAGAGCAAUUUAUCAAACUUACUGGGAGACAAAUGAUAAGUGUAAAGCAUUUUGCUUUUUACCACUUCCCAUAGAGACUGGACUUCCCGUGCACGUACAUGGAUACUUUGCACUGGAUCAUGAAACUCGAAGAACUCUGUGGCGGUCAGAGGAUAUUAGUUCUUGCUACAGGUCAUCUUGGAAUAACUUGUUGAUAGAACAUGUCAUAUCGACAGCGUAUGUAUAUCUUUUAAAUUACAUAAAAAACAUACAGUUCCGAAGAAUCUCAGACAAUGAAGUACCAUCAGUGAGGGUUUUUGAUGCAUUGUCAAGUUUUUUCUUCUUGUUUCCUCGAAUAGACAAAGUUUCGGACGUCUACUGGAAGUAUUUACUGACUUGCUUAUACCAGCAGUUAGUAUUAGGAUACAUCCCAUUCUUGCCUACUCUAGGUAAAACUGAAAUCCCCAGUUUUACCGGCAAUGUUAUGUUAAAAUGGACACCGCUGACUGUACCAGAGUCUUCUUAUCCAGCGUACAUAAGAGCUGAAGAAGAUGGUAGCAAAUACCUUAAUGAAAUUUUGCUUCUUAUUGGCAUGCGUAUUAUUUAUAUCCCCAAAGAGAUAGCAGAUGCUAUGGCAUAUUCGAAAGUUGAUAUAUCUGUAGUCAAACCAGCUCAAGUCAUAACAUUCAUCAGUGGAAUGGAUUGCCAGAAUCAUUCCUCGAGGAAUAGUGAAUGCAAACUGAAGUCAGGCGAACUUGUUAUCGAAACGGCUUUGAAAUCUGUAGAAAAUGCAGCUACCAUUUUAGAAUUUUGUUUAAAAGACAUCAAAAGUUUCAUAGAAAAUCUAGAAUACCUACCACUUUUAGUUACAAUGGAUAACAAGCUACAAACAGUUCCAGAAAAUGGAUUCUUUUAUGUUGAACCUAUGGCUCAUUACUGUGAAUUUUUUGCUUCAAAAAGCCAUUUAUUCCUACAUAGUACAAUUGCUAGUGUUGUGGUACAUGUGCAUAUGUCGCAUCUUGAAACAAAAUUGGGGAAAAAACUAAAACGAUUUGAAUUGAUCGACUUUGUAAAUAUUGCGAAAGGACCCGGACAAAUAUAUGAGAAUUGCAACUCAAGCAUACUAUGGGACGAAAUAAGUCCAUCGGAAUCAUGGAUUCGGUUGUUUUGGAACUUCUUCUGUUAUCAGCUUCCUGAUAAUGAAAAGAAAAGCGUUGGUAUACAAUUGAAAAUAGUUGGACUCUUGCCGCUGUUACCUGUAAACAAAACAGCUUCCGAAGAAGUAAUCCUUGUGCAGCCUUGUAACAUCAAAUCUCUUAUAAAUCUAAAUAGUUUUAUCCAUAACGAACAUUUAUACAAAGCCAUGAAAACGUUAAACCUCCAACAAAUUGCAAAGCCUUUCUUUGAAAGGUAUGAUCAAUCUUCCUGUUUUAAAAUGCUUCAGGAACACACAGCACAUUUUCAGAAUCCUGUUGAAAUCAUAGAAUGCUUGUAUUUCAACUCAUGCCAAACGAACAUUAAGAGUCUUUCAGACUACCAUGCGAACGAAAUUCUUUGGUAUUUUGAAAAGUCCCAGCUACAUAAAUUUCCACAAGGAUCACGUUCGAAAUUGGAAGAAUUACCCUUAUUUCUUUCACAUUUUGGAAAACGCGUCAUGUUGAAGCAUUACAAUACAAUUUACAUUGUUCCAAAAACACUUCCGACUGAAGGAAUUGAAGAACUUGCAGAAAAGGCAAAUGUGUUGUUUUUAUGUAGCACAGGACAAAAGAAUUUGUUCAAAUACUUAGGAAUUAUAAAGCUCUCAAUAAUGAAUGUUUAUACAAAGUAUAUAAUACCAAUGCAGAAUGUUUUACAACGAAAAUGCUUUUAUGCACAUCUGAAUUUUUUAAGUAGUUUAGUUAUUGAUGAAAAUGAAAUGGAGUGGGAAGACUUACUUUCAGUGUUACGAACGUCAGCUUUUGUUGAAACAAUAGAGGGUCGAAGAGUUAGAGUUUGUGAUCUUUAUGAUCCCGAUCACAUAGUUUUUAAACGCAUGUGUGAAGCUGAAGAGCUUGUGCCAGAUUGUCUUAGAUUGGACAACAUACUCGAGCUUUUCCGAAAAAUCGGUUUAAAGACAGAAAUGACGAUGUCCUUAUAUGAAUGUUUUGCAAGACGAAUUAAGGAAAAGGAAAAUGUUGAAGGUAUUUCUAAAUAUGUCAGAGAAGAUUCAAGAUUGUUAUCAACAGAUUUGUGGAUGCGUGAUGUAACGUUUUAUACGCACCAAAAUUUCAAUACCAUUUCAAAGAUACAGUUUGUCACACCUCAUGUGGUGGAUGAAAGUUUAUCAGCAAUUGACAGUCAAUAUAAUUGCAGUAAAUUGAUAAGUUUUGAAGCCUCAGUUCCGACCAAUUUGUCAAAUAUCUCUUGGACGGUAUCAAAUAUUCUUCCGAAACAUCUAGCUCCACGUGUGUAUGAUCAGCAUAAUUGCCUGAAAGCGCAAAAACUUAAAAUAUAUCAAAACCUUCCGAAAGACAAAUUGAUCCGCCACUGUGUACAUAUUGGAAAAUGCCUUGAGAAAAAGAUCAGCUUGUCGACAUUUAAAAGCCAUGAAAUGCUCAUGCAUAUCAUGACAGAUGUAUAUCAGGCUUUAAAAACGUUUUAUGACAACGCCGAAAUAAAUGAUGAAGACGUUGACAUUUUACAGGGCAUUCCAAUCAUUUACUUUUCGGAAAAGAGACUGAUAACCACUGCAAAACAUGUGGUUAUUGACUGCAAACCAAGACAAGAAAUACCCCCAUUUCUUUUAAAAUGCCCUCAGUCAUAUCAAAUGUAUGCGGAUUUAUUUCUGCAAUUAGGAUCAUCAUCUGCACCAACAUGUGAACAAUUUGCUUUUGUCCUUCAUGAAUUGAAACUUAUGACAGCCGAAUCAGAACUUCAUCCAUUUGAGUAUGCAAAUGCAAUUAAGGCAAUGGGUAAUUUCUUUAGAUGCCUUGUUAAACAAGGAGACACAGUAGCUCUGUCUGUUGAAAGAUUGUUCUUAUUAUCAUACAAAGAUACACUUGAGGAUGCUAAAUCUAUUAUUGUUCCGAAUAACGAAUACUUUAAAACCCAAUUAGCAAAGUGUAAGUCAGAGACGUGCAUGUACAUCGUUGGGUUUGUGAAACUUCAAGAAUACAAAUUAAAACUUGAGGAAAUCAUAGAGAACUUGAAAUAUUUACCAGAUAAACACAGACCGCAUCUGUUAACAGAUAUAGUGAGUGAAAGGGUUUUAUUAGAACAUAUCAAGUAUACAGGACAUCAAAAUGAGUAUCAGUACAAAAGUUUUCUACAUUCAAUGGAUUUUGUUUUUGGAUUCUUAAGACUCACACGACAUGUUUGGAAGAAGGAAAGUAUUCAAUGGGCAGAAAAGGACGAAAAAGAGAUAUCAAGUGCAAUAAAGACAAUAGACUUUAAACAGUGUUCCGGAAUACAGACACAAUUGGCAAUAAAGUGUAUUGAGAACGGAACAGUAGGAAACGAACGCUUUAUUGACAAUACAAACGACCAAAAAUUUAUACAUAUUGAAAGAAAUGGAGACGGAGCAUGUGUAUAUUUCGACACAGCUGAAGACAGUUGGAAUCAUUCUUUAACAACAAGCGUUGCGAUCUUCUUAAAUGAGCUUGUAGGUAAAUGCUUCAGAGAUGAAUUUUUCGUAAUACUGAUGGAUAUGAUUUCCAUGGUAAAGUCACCGGAGCGGAUACCAUUUUUCUUGAGUAAAGGGAAAAUUGAAGAAUAUACAUUACUUUCUAUUGACAUAGACACUCCUCCUUCUGUUCCUAUUCCGGGGAAUAUUGUUCCGACGAAAUUCCAUCAGUAUCUAGAUAACGGUUAUGGAUUCAUUAAUGAAUAUGACUACCAAUUUAUUGCAUUAGAAGUUGAUGACCCAGGGCUUAACUUGCACGACUAUGGUAAUAGUCAAGAUGACACUGAGGAUAAAGACAUUGAUUUCGAACUUACAUAUAAGUUUGUUCACAUUAUCAAAAUGGUUGGCCCUCGGCAUGAACUUCCACUUUUUCAAGAGUAUGAAGUCAAUUAUGGAUCAGAAGAAACGGCGAUAGUAAGAGCAUACAAACUUUUCAAGUUUAUUCGUAAAAGCAAUAUAACCUCUGGAACAGACACAAACGUCAUUCUUUAUAAGAGAAAUGAAAAUCACGAAGAAGACGAGUCAUCGUUGCCUUCAUCUUUGAGAGACGCUUAUAGUGAAAUAAGACGAAUUUUGCGUGAAGCAUGGCAAAAAGAGCCAUACGAGAGAACAGGCAUCGUAAAACGUCUUUAUCGUAAAUGGCACCCUGAUAAAAAUCCAGACAAUGUUCAGUUUUGUACGAAAGUAUUUCAAUACAUUCAGCAAUGUUUAGCGCGACUCGAGAAAGGUCUUGACCUUAAGAAUGAUGAUGAUGAUGAGGAUGACAAGUUCAACAGUCGAUCAAGCACAGGUCACAGUUACUCAGGUUGGUCGUACGGGAACACGUGGUAUGACAGGUAUUGGUUCCGAUUUCAUAGAUCAGAAAACAACACUAACAGUUACUCAGAAAACAACACUAACAGUUCUGAUAGGAACUCCAAUACAAGAGGAACUUUCUCAAAUUUUGAUGACAGUUGGAGUCAUCGGGAAACAUACUACGAGCCAUAUCAUUGGUACAACAGAGCAAAUAAAUGGUACAAACAGGCAGAAUAUGAUUUGAAACAUGCGAUGGUCUCGCUUGAACAACUUGAUGACCCGCAGUUUAAUUGGAUUUGUUAUAAUGCACACCAGGCAGCUGAAAAGGCUUUGAAAGCAGCGUGGUAUGCGAAAGACGCUAACAAAAUUAACAGAGUUAAAACAAGUCACAAUAUUGCGGAUAUAGCGCGUGAUCUCGGAUCAUCUUUAUAUACGCAUGCAUCGCAACUGUCAAUGUUAAUUGGAGAACAUACGCGGAUGAGAUACCCGGAUGAUUUAAUGUGUAACCUACCUGCAGAAAUUUAUACAGAGCAGACAGCACGAUCAGCGAUAAAACUCGCAGAAACAAUACUACGAUUAGUGAAGACAGAUUACACCAACUGCUGACAGAUCGUUUUCCAUGUCUAGGAUAGAAUCGAACGUCACAUUCAUUGACUAUGGUGUGCAAAGUAUGCAGUUUUCAAGUCGUCCUCCUGGGCUCCUUGCAGCUGACUCUUGUUACUGGGUCGGGUGGGGGCUGUGUUCAUUGAACGCCGCCUUUCCUUGAUGAUCUUGUUUACCAUAUUUUACCAUUUUUAUCACUUUUAUGAGCAUGUGCAGUUAUUGUUAAACCGUUAUUUAUAAAUGAUAUCUAUCUCAAAAUUGGAGCUAGAUCAACAAUUCAUAUUCAUUUUAAGGUGAAACUACAUAUUUUACGUUUAAUUUUAAGAUUUGUUUCUUUUACAUAUUGUCUAGAAUGUUGCACAAUGUAAGCUUAUAUUGUAUGUACUUUUUAUUCAUUUUAUUUUAUAAUGGCCGUAUUGUAAUAUAGUUGCACGGUGACCGGGAAGUAAUUUCAGACAUGUUAGUUUUAAGUACAAAUAGAAUCUGUUAUACAGAUGCAUUGUCGGCUCUCAAUAAAUUAACAUUUUUAUAAAGUAACCAUGUAUAUUACCAAUUGAAGAGUCCUGUUAUUUAUAUACAUGUACUAUACUGAAUUGUUGCAAGCGCAUGCUAGCCAGCUUUUUUUUAUUUUUCUUAUUUUUCUUACUUAUGAUGUCGUUCAUUUGUAUAAUAGUGAGUAUAAUCAACAUAGUUUUAAAUAUUUACAUUUGUGUAUGCAAAGUACAGACAAAACUACAUCUUUAAAAGUUUUAGAAUAACAUUACAUGAUCCAUUUAUAUAGAAUAAAACCAAAUUUGUUAUCCGUGAUUUUUAUUUUCGGGUCAAAUUUAUUAGAAUUUAGAGUAGAAAGUUUGUAAAUACAUGUGUUAAUAGCUCGCCAAAGCACAAAUUGCUAUAUGUGAGCUAUUGUGAUACCCCAAUUCCGGGGUCCACCGUCUGUCGUUAAUGAUCACUUAAACACCAUUUUUUUCCGGACAGCUAGGUCUGUAGAAUGAUUCCUGGAAAGACCAGUAUAAAAUUGCACAAAUGUUUCCGGUCCACUGAAUUAGAUGGCUAGCAGAGAAAUAAAAAAACUAUAAACGAAAAACCCUCCUACGUGUAUAUGUAUCAUGGCCAGGAACAUCGUGAAUGUCUAUUAUAUUAUUUACUUUAAAUAUAGCUAUCAUAUGUAUAUCUAUCCUUUACUUUUACAACGUGUUUUCUUGCAUAUACAUGUUUUUAAAACGUAAAAUUAAACGUAUUAUGAGGACAGUAAUGAUUAAUCUAUGAAAUAGAAAUGAAAAUGAUGCUCAAUUAAUAUCAUCAAAAGGGCCAAUUUUCUUUUAAUUUAAAAUACCCAUUAAAGGGAUAUUUAAACAUUUUUUACAAGUGGUUAUUACAUACAUAUCUAUCAUAACUAUAUAUUUACCUCGUGUACAUCUGCCUCUUUUGGUAUAUAUGAAGAACAAUCAACACAUUAUGUAAAUUAUGAACAUUGACCUUUACUGAUCUUAUUAGAGGUACAUUGCCUUGCAAUGAUGAAUAAAUUUGUGUUCCAUUUUUACUCAAUGUUAAACAUUUGUUUUACAUUUAUUAUUCACCUUUUUGUUUAUUCUUUUUAUAUAUAACCUUUGGCAAAAUUGUCGGAUAAAGAAAGGGUUUCACAUCUAAAUAAAUAUAAAAUACAUAACUUAUAAAUAAUAAAUAGAUAUGGCUGUCAACGACCAUAUUUUACUCAAAGCCAGGAGGACUUCAACUUCUCUAAAUAAUCAUUUAAAAAUAUUUAUUUCAAUAUAGUAAAAUCAUUUGGAAUACAUUUAUGUUUUUCUAGAGUUGCUAGUUUUUCCUCUUUUUGGAUGGCAUCUUAUUGAAGACUUUGGAUUAAUGCGCACAAAUCACAUGUUUUCAAUGUUUGCAAAGUUGUGUAAUUUGCAAUUUUUGUUAUACUUUAUGAUUUGUAAUGUUUCCCAUACCUAAU